CAUUAGCUGAGAUUCACGUCCCUCUUUUACUCGAUUUCCGCUGGAGGGACGUCCGGAUUCGCCCCCAAGCAGGAGCAUCACCUCGCCUGUGCAUGACUCCGGGCCCAGGGGCGCCGGGGGGGCGUGCAGGGGCGAAAAGGGGCGAAGGGCGCGAUCCGGCCGCGCGUAACGGUCCUCCCAGCAUGCCCUUCACUUUCAAACAUGGCGGACAUCUACAAACUGGGGGACCUCGUCUGGGCCAAGAUGAAGGGCUUCUCCCCCUGGCCGGGAAAGAUAAUACCAGCCAGGGAGAAUGUCAAGAAACCAAGCAAGAAGAACUGCCACUUUAUAUACUUCUUUGGAAGCGAAAACUAUGCCUGGAUAGAGUCGGCUAACGUGAAGCCCUAUUUCCAAUACAAGAAUCGUCUCAUGAACGCCAACAAAACCACUCCCUUUAAGGAUGCAGUUGGAGCCAUUGAGAAGUACAUUAGCGAAAACAAUAUUGCGAUCCCAGAGAUCGAAGAAGGAACAAAUGACACAAACCACGCGGAAGUAGUCACCACGCCAUCCAAAGAGAAGAAGGUUAAG